AUGGAUACGUCAUCAUCACACGCGCCAUUUUGGGGUGCUCAAACCUCGUACCUCAAGUUGGUCCACCUUGACUAUGCGGUCACACGGUAUAUUGCCGAAUUCAUCAACACACUAAGUAGUAUUACAUUCAUCCUGUACGGCUGCUAUGGCCUUUUCUACACCCGGCAGAGAAAAAAUGCAAGGUCCCCUGUACUUUUAUACUAUGGCUUGAUCGGUAUAGGCGUGUGCUCUGGAGGCUAUCACAUGACCCUGAAGUACCACACGCAGAUGUCCGAUGAGUUGUCUAUGCAUCUUCUCACCACUCCGCUGGUAUACCGCCUCCUCACCUUCAACGCCACCCCCGAAAAGACGAGAUUGGUGGGCGUCAUUCUCACCAUUCUCUUCACCGUCGUCAUGGUCACCCACAUGGUCAUGGACGAAUUUCUGCUCCACGCGACAACUUUCGCGCUGGCCAUCUACGUAAUCGUGACACGAACAAGACGCAUCAUCCCCGAGCAGUGUCCUGAUCCACAGGUCCGGAAGUCUAUCCAAAACAUUUCGACAUUUGGACUCGUCUGCUUUGCCGCCGGCUAUUCCGUAUGGCUUGUCGAUCAGUACGUCUGCAACGUACUGAUUGAUACGCGCCGCUCCGUCGGGUUGCCCUUGGCGUUCCUCUUGGAAUUACACGGAUGGUGGCAUGUCUUGACAGCCAUCGGGGGAUAUGUUGCUGUCGCGUCAGUGGAUCUCAUCACGUCAGGCGAGCUGGUUUUGAAAGAUCCCUCUGAUCAACUUGCUUGGCCCGUCCCCCUCGCUUCAAGGUUGAUGUCUCGAAAGGCACAUGCGGCAAAGGAGCAUAAAUAG